AUGAAGGACAUUCUUGUUGCUGCCAUCAUCACAGGAUUCGUGGUGGCAGCUGUAGAAUCCCUACAUUGUGUGCAGUGUAAUUCAUUGACAAACCCUUGUAACAACAGCAUCAUCACUGAGUGUCCCCUGGAUGCCAAUGCCAGCUGUACCAGUUUCAUGACCAACUCUUCUUUAGGAGCAGCCAACAUAUACCAGUUCAAAGCCUGCUCUGCAGAGAACUGCAGGGAAGGCAGAGACAUGGUUGAAGCCUUCACUGUCCAUGUGUCCAACAACAUACACUUCCACUUUGUAAGCCAGUGCUGCCAAGGAAAGGAGUGCAAUGAGACCAGUGAUGCUCCGGCUCCUCCCGUGGAAGAUAUGUCCAGCAACGUAGAGUGUCCUGCAUGUUAUGGAUCUAAUGAAAGUUCUUGUAAUGAGCAAUUCAGGAAAUGUUAUAAAGAAGAACGGUGUGUCAAUCUAGUUGCAGAAUUUAAGAAUGAGACUAAGAAGUUCUUGCUGAGGGGCUGUUCCAACAUCAGCAACUCCACCUGUCAGUUCCUGUCUGCUGAGAACCGGACAGUUGGAGGAGUCAUCUUCCGAAAGUUCGAGUGUGUAGACAGUGCUAACUCCUCCUCAACUGCCAUUCCCAACCCAACUCUGACCACCCCUCUUGCCAGCAGCUCCAAUGCCUCCUCAGCACCCACCUCCAAUGAGCCCACCACUCCAGACACUGGCUCCAAAGUCUCCUUCACCCCUGCGGCCCUUGCCAGCCUCCUCCUGCUGGGGCUGCUGAUCUGA